AUAUUAUUGAAAAUUAUUAUAACUUAGUAAUAUAAGCAUGGUUAUACUCUAACUUGUGAGAUUUUUUUAAAAAUGGAAAGACUUCCGACAGGAUUUUAUAAAGAAGAAUUAAACAGAACCACAUGGGAAAUUCCAGAAAGAUAUCAGGAUUUAAAUGUAAUUGGAGCAGGAGCUUAUGGUCAAGUUUGGUAAUUUUCAAAACAUGUUUUUUUCAGCUACAGAUACUCAUACUGGUAUGCAAGUAGCAAUCAAAAAGUUAUCAAGACCAUUCCAGUCAGUUUUGCACGCAAAACGUGCUUAUCGUGAAAUUCUUCUACUACAACAUAUGUGUCAUGAAAAUGUAAUAAAUCUGCUUGAUACAUUUACUCCACAACAGACUAUAGACGAGUUUCAAGAUGUAUAUUUAGUAACGUGUUUGAUGGAUGGAGAUUUGAAAGACAUUAUAAAAAUUCAAAGCCUCACUGAUGAUCAUGUGCAGUUUCUUAUAUACCAGAUUCUUAGAGGACUAAAGUACAUCCAUUCAGCUGGAAUCAUACACAGGGACUUAAAGCCUGGAAAUAUAGGUGUUAAUGAAAACAAUGAUCUUAAGAUACUAGAUUUUGGGUUGGCUAGGAUAUGUGAAGACUCAAUGACCAGUUAUGUUGCAACUAGAUGGUAUCGAGCACCUGAGAUUAUACUUAACAGAACGCAAUAUAACUCACAAGCGGACAUCUGGUCUGUGGGAUGUAUAAUGGCUGAAUUAAUAACUGGUAGGACUUUGUUUCCAGGCGACAAUGAAAUUGACCAAAUCACUAUGAUUAUGGAGUUGGUUGGGAAACCUAAUGAUGAUUUUCUAGAUAAAAUGACAAGUGUCCAAGCUCGUUCAUACAUAAAGUUUAUGCCAAAUUAUGUUCCACAGGAUUUCAACAAAGUAUUUCCAAUAGCAACAGCACAAGCUAGAAAUAUUUUGCAACAAAUGCUUGUGUUUGAUCCAGAAAAACGAUUAUCUGCUGAGCAGUGCUUGCAACAUCCAUACUUUAUCCACUGGCAUGACCCUGAUGAUGAACCAACAGCUCCAUUUUUUGAAAAAGUAUCAGAACUUAAUGAAUGUACUGUUGAUGCAAUAAAAUUACUGAUGUUGAAUGAGAUCAGAAAUUUUGUUUACAAACCUCCUCCAAAUGAAGUCAUUGAAUAAAGAUAUUUUGUUUUUUUAUUAUAUGAUACUUAUAGCAAUUUUUUUUUAAUCAAUAUUGGCAUUUAGUGUAUUUUUUCUAAUUAAACAGAAAAAAAUAUUAAAUUUAA